AUGCCGAUGAGCAGAGAGCGCAUCCCUGACGCGGUGAUCGAUCCCCCAGGGCUGCCUAUAUUGAACGGCACCUUUGCAGCCGUCACUGGCCUCUCGUACUCCCGAUCCCGUACAGGUUUCAACUUGAAGCACGAAACAUCCUAUCGCACCCGUCGUAUCAUCGGUCAGCUGAACUCGGGCGCCGAACUUAUCGAUUCUCUCACCGCGCUCUGCCAGGAAGAGCACAUCACCGCAGGUCAAGUCCGCGUCAGCGGAGCGCUCGAACACGUCGAGUUGACACAUUUUGAUCCGAAGGCGCGCGACUACAAGCUCGCGCACGAAGGGGGACCGGCCGAGAUCGCCUCCCUCACUGGGACCAUCGCCACCAUCGGAGGUCAGGUGAUCCUGCGCCUCGACGCGCUCUUGCUCGGACAGAGCAACUUUGGCGCGCACAUGGUGACAGGUCAGGUGCGCAGCGCGCGCGUCUCGGUCGCCGAGUUCGUGCUCGAGGUCUUCGAAGAUAUCGAGCUCGUUCGCGGCAAGGACUCCGAGACGGGGCGCAUGAUCUUGAGCAAGCUCUCGAGCACCGAGUCUGCCCGACCUGCAAAACCACAGGCGCGAGCAGCAGCUCCCGCUCGUCAGGAGCCCGCUCGCCACGAGGCAACUCCCGAGCGCGCUCCUGCGCCAGCAGCUCCAAAGAAAGAGGAGCCCGCGCCAGCCAAGGAAGAGCCCGCGGCGCCAAAGCCCGAGGCUUCGAACAUGAGCUGGGGCGAGGCGAUCGCGCGCAGCGAAAAGAGCGCUACUCCGGCCAGUCGUAAGCCUCGCUCGCAUAGCCCCGAGCCAGCCGCCAGCGAGAUCUACGCGGACGUCGAGCUCCCCGAUGACGAAGAGCGCCCGCUGAUGAAGUCAGGGGAUUACCUCGAUCACCCCAAGCUCGGCCGCUGCCGCGUGAUGAAGGUCGAGGAUGAUGAGGAGUACGCGCAUGAUCUCUUCCAUCCCGACCGUGUUCGAGCUGUGCUCGAGCGCGAGCUCGAUGACGCGCCACCGCUCGUGGUCGACGCGAGGCUCUUUGGCAAGGAUGCCUCGAAGAUGAUCGAGGCGGGGGUCUUGAUCCCGCUCACCGAGCGCGAUGGCAUCAUGCAUGUGUUGCUGACUCGCCGGGCGAAAAAACUCCGCAAACACUCCGGCGAGAUCAGCUUCCCCGGCGGCCGGUUCGAUCCGACCGAUGACACGCUGCGUGACGCCGCAUUGCGCGAAGCGCACGAAGAGGUCGCGCUCGCUCCUCAGGAUGUCUCGGUCUUCGGGCCCUUCGCGGAUGUGCCCACGGUGACGGGGUUUCGCAUGCACGUCUUUGUCGGCGAGUUCCCUGAUCCUUAUGCGCUCGAGCAUAACCCGGAUGAGAUCGAGUACAUGCUCGUGUUGCCUCUGUCGGCGUUUGUCGCCGAUGGUGUCCAUCGCGUGGUCAUGCAACAAUACCAGGGGAUGGCUUACCCGAUUCAUACCUACGAUGUGGACGAGCAACCUGUCUGGGGCGCCACGGCUUACAUCCUCCACGAAUUCUUGAAGUUCCUGGGAGCCGAGCACUAG